CACCAAAAAAUGCAAAUCCGGCCAACCACGAAAAUGACAUUCACGAAAACUCUGUUUUAACUUUUAACAACAAUUCCACCUUUCCUUCCUCAUCUUCUUCUGUGACUACGCUCUCUCUCUCUCUCUCUCUCUCUUAGAUAUUGAUCUGCAUAAUGGAGCUCUUCUUCUUCUUGUUCUUUGGUUUUCUCGCUGUAAUAGUGGCAGCAUUGGAGCUAAGCAAAUCCAGCAAAGAUCGCAUCAACACCACCUCUGCUUUCAAUGCCUUUAAGAAUAACUAUCUCGUCGUUUACUCUCUCAUGAUGGCUGGGGAUUGGUUGCAGGGUCCAUAUGUGUACUACCUCUACAGUACAUAUGGGUUUGGAAAGGGGGACAUUGGACAUCUCUUUAUUGCUGGGUUUGGAUCCUCUAUGUUGUUUGGGACAGUUGUUGGAUCUUUAGCUGAUAAACAGGGUCGGAGGAGGGCAUCUGUUACUUAUUGCAUUACUUACAUUCUAAGCUGCCUCACCAAACACUCUUCCCAGUAUAAAGUUUUAAUGUUGGGACGAAUAUUGGGAGGCAUUGCCACUUCUCUUCUUAACUCAUCUUUUGAGUCUUGGCUUGUUGCAGAACACAAUAAGAGGGGUUUUGAGCAACAAUGGCUUUCGGUAACAUUCUCUAAGGCAAUAUUUUUUGGCAACGGUUUGGUUGCCAUUUUAUCUGGGCUGUUUGGAAAUUUACUAGUAGAUACACUAGGACUUGGCCCAGUUGCUCCUUUUGAUGCUGCUUCAUGCUUUCUGGCAAUUGGCAUGGCAAUUAUAAUGUCAUCAUGGAGUGAAAACUAUGGUGACCCUUCAGAAAACAAGGACUUGCUUACCCAGUUUAAGGGUGCUGCUGUGGCCAUUGCCUCUGACGAGAAAAUUGCAUUGCUGGGUGCUAUACAGUCACUAUUUGAGGGCUCAAUGUACACCUUUGUAUUUCUCUGGACUCCUGCUUUGAGCCCAAAUGAUGAGGAAAUUCCACACGGUUUCAUUUUCGCGACAUUCAUGCUGGGGUCAAUGCUGGGAAGUUCCUUUGCUUCUCGAUUAAUGGCACGCUCAUCUAUCAGAGUUGAGAGCUACAUGCAGAUAGUUUUUGUAGUCUCCUCGGUUUCCCUUCUGCUCCCCAUUAUAACUAGUUUCCUGGUACCGCCUUCCAAAGUGAAAAGUGAAAGUAUGUCAUUUGCGGGGUGUAUUCAAGUUGUUGGCUUCUGUACGUUUGAGGCUUGUGUUGGGAUAUUCUGGCCAUCUCUCAUGAAGAUGAGGUCCCUAUACAUUCCUGAGGAGUCAAGAAGCACCAUAAUGAACUUCUUUCGCAUUCCUCUUAACAUCUUUGUGUGCGUUGUGCUGUACAAUGUUGAUGCGUUUCCCAUCACCAUCAUGUUUGGCAUGUGCUCGAUUUUUCUCUUUGUGGCUGCUUUACUGCAGAGGCGGCUAAUGGUAAUUGCUGACAGUCAAAAGCCAACAAAACCACAAGACUGGACAGCACUUGACAGGGACAUGGAGGCGGAGCCAUUGAAUGUUGAUUGAUGUGAAUAAGAAUAACCUCUGGAAUUUUUGAAGGUUAAAACCAGCCACUUUGUCUUACUUGGAAUUGAUGGAGGUGAACUCUGGUUGCUGUCUGGCUAAUAAGGAAAGGGAGAAUGUGGGUUAAUUCCUUCUUGAAAAGAAAGUAUAAAUGAUUUUCAGGGGAGCAAUCAGCUGGUGGCUAUAACAUAAGGAAACUUAGGUAAAAGAAUGAUAAUGUUAGUACUUUUAGAUCAUGUCUUCUGCAAUUCCUCUAAAAUGGUGCCACAUAAGCUCAGGCAAUUUUGAAUUCACAGUGUUUACGAUAAUAUAUAAUGAUGGCUGUAAAAACAUUAUUAUUCCAUUUUUUCCCUAUUCUUAAAUUCAUUUCUAAAUUUUUAUGUUAUAAUUUCUCCCCCUUCUGUAGCACCAUGUUUUGUUAAUAUAGUGUUGCAAUUGUCAAAUGUAUCUAUAUCUGGAUGAAUAAGAUAUUACUGGAGUUUAUGUUACUUUAA